CAUCCUUAAAACCGCCGCCCCUGCCUGCCCGUGCCAUAGCGGCUGGCAAAGAGGCACAGGUGGGCCAGACAGCUCAGGCCAACAAGCAGAAGAGGACACUGAGACGAGACCCCUUCAGCACCAGUGCAGGAAGCGCCUCAAAGCGAGAAUGGCAUCGCCUUCCCUGAUCCACGUUGGAUUCCUUCUAGCCAUCAUAUUCUUACCAGAGUUCCUCGGGGCAGUCCCACUGGAGCGGCGCAAGGAGGACCGAGUUGGUGGGGUACCUGAUGACAUGAAGGCUGAGGGCAUGGCCAACCUGAGAAAGUCGGUGCGCCACAGGAGGAACGCGCCUGUCAUGACGGCGCCCCAGUUCCAGCGCCUCCCUGACUUCUGGGCCUGGUACAAGUAUUUCAUGGACAGCCACAACCAGGAGGGAGUUGAGGAUUUGGACCGUCUGUACAUGGCGUACCUUCAGAACAAGCACAGGACCGAAGAGGGCCCUUCCUUUAACCAUUACCUCAAACACUUGAGCGAAAUCUACAAGGCCUGCGCCGACUCCGACGACCCAGAAUGCAUCGCCGAGUCCACCAGCAAGCCAAAGGCGGCCGUGGUGAUGCCCGCCGCAAUCAAGUCUUCCGCCGUCCAGAUGUGCAACCCCUACGUCGACCCCUACUGCCUCUUCCCGCUGACCUCUAAAGCCAUCGCCGAGCCGCAGCCGGCCCCGGCCAAGGCGCCCGCCCCCAUCGUCCCCCCCGUACUGCCGAUGCCUAUGAAGAGCCCGGCAGGCUUGUACCGCUACGCUCCCGUGCUGGAGCCCUUUGUGAGCCACGAGCAAAAGGCUGAGCUGCUGCGGAUCUGCAACCACGACGACAUCGAGUGUCUUCAGUACCACCUAAGGGCGGCGUACGGCUACCGACCCGCCGCCGGUCCCGCUCCGUCCUACGCCGCCCUCAAAUGUGACCCCAAGGACCCUUAUUGCAAUCCAAUGAUGGCUCAAAAGGCCCCCACGGGCUAUUACCAUCUGCGCUACCCAAGCUGCGACCCGGCUGCGGAUCCCUUUUGCGUGGGCAACGUCGCCGCUCCUGCCGGCCUCGGUGCCGACCCGGCACCUCCGGAGCGGCGCUGCAACCCGCUGUUUGAUGCCGGCUGCAACCCGUUGACCGCCACCAAGUUGUCGAGCCUCGGCAAGCCCGUGCUGGAGUACGCCACGAAAGGCCAGCCCGCCCACGUCGCCUCCCCCCUGACCUGUGACCCCCGCUACGAUCCCUACUGCAUACUGGCGGCAGCCGCUGCCCUGCGCAAGCCCCGACCACAACUCCCGGAGCAACAGGUCCGCUACAAGCUCGGCAUCCGCGGCAAGACCAAGGAGGGCGACGACUGCUAUGUGCACUAUGACAAAGACUGCACCCCGGUCGACCCCCGGCAGAAGGCCGAGGCUCCGGCCGAGCCCCGCUGCCAUCCCUUUGACCCCACCUGCGCAAAGUUUGCGCCGCCCUCCGCCGUUCGAGCCCGGGGACCCGGCGAGGGCGCCAUCAUCCUCCCUGACCCGCACUGCGACCCGGAGCUCGACUACAACUGUCGCCUGCGUCGCGCCGACACAGACGACGAGGAGAAAGCGGCGUUGCGGCUCGCCCACAAAACAACCAAGGAGGCCACAAAAUCCGGCUUCCCUCGUUUUGACGACUUCCUCCGGGGCGUCAUGACCAGCCACAAGUCCAUUUAAAAUAACCCUUACAGAAAAACCUGAAACCAGUACAAAAAUGUGAUUGUUUUUUUUAUUUUUUUUUUAAUCAAAUGACAUAAAAGUUGUAUGGAUGUAGAAAAGAGUCAUACGUAUGUAUGCGUAGAUGUUUCUGUUAGAUUGUGUUAGGUUGCAGCAAGUAUUGCAGAUUCCGCUGUCAAGAUACCCAAACUGUAUUUAAUAUUGACUUCUUUUAUUCAGUUUUGAUGAAGUUCUUCAUAAAAACUAAAGCUGAAUAGGC